GGCGUGAAUUUUUAAUCAAGUGUCGGACAUAUUUCCUUUAGCCAUCACCCUUUGAAUUCAACAUCCAUGCUGAAAGGAACUCAUGACGGAGGAGUUCUAAGUGAAAUGAGCAGCUAACCGAAUUUUUCAAAAAUUAAAGAUGGGAUUCUCUUCUAGCCUCCAAGGUAAAAGUUCCCAUGAAGCAUUGUUGCAACGGCAAGAUGCAGAAUUGAAACUUCUUGAGAAUCUCAAACGAUGGCUGGUGCUUAGGAUAAAAUGUGACAGAGAUUAUGCCAGUGCAUUGGUUUCUCUAACAUCGAUUACAUCAAAAUUUGAAAAAAGUGAAGAGCUAUCAGGAAGCUUGUUAUCGCAGGCUGUACACACAGCAAUAGAAAAUUCUGAAACAAUUGCAAGUCUUUUAAAGCAAAAUGCAGAUUAUCUUUCAAACGUUACUUUAGAAAAGUUGAAUGCCCUUUUAAAUGAUAAGAGAAAUACUCGCAAGUUUUACCAAGAAGAGUAUAAUAGAUUGAUUACUGAAUCACAAUCUCUUCAAGACUCUGUUCACAGAGCCAAAAUUGAAUAUGAAAAAUCAGUUGAUGGUUACAAAGCAGCCUAUAGUAAAUAUGAAGAAUUGACUUUAAACCCAAAGAGUAAAGGAUCUAGUAAAAAAUCGGAAGAAGUGAUAAAAGAAAAAUUUCAACGUGCAGUUAAACGACUUCAUAUUGCGCACAACGACUACGUGCUUAAUCUUCUCGAAUCUGCUGAUUACGAACGAGACUUUCGCACUGUACUUCUACCAGGCCUUUUAGAGUUUCAACAGGUUGUCCAAGAAGAUAUAUUACAUCAGUGCCAUACAGUCAUCGAGGAGAUAUCGCAGUAUUCCGACUUUAGUUCAGAGCCGUUUAAGUUAUUAUUUAAAAUGCUUCAAUCGCGAGUGGAAGAGAUUACUGCUGAAAACGAAUUUAAAGAGUUUAUUGAGAAGAACAAAUCAGCCCCAAUUGCUGCUCAACCUCCCAUUUUCGACGCUAAAUUGAGUGCCCUGCAGGAUAAUAACCAUUCCAAUCCAUUGAGGCCGGACAGAGUAGCCGUUGAUGAUUUGACAUUGGAAGCGCUCAAACAAAAGUUGCGUUUACUGGAACAGAGAUUGAGUUCCGUGCAAAGUGAAUUGGCAUUAAAGGUUGCUGCACUACAAAAAAUCGAAGCUGAAUUCGCAGUAUUAAAAAAAGCCGAUUCUUCGGGAAAGGAUUUAUCAAAUAUCAGGCGCCAAAUAGAAGGAUGUCGGAGACAGGUGGAUGAAUUUCGUUGCCUAGAGCAAAAAUGGCAGCGCCAAGUGGACACGAUUGGUGAAGCCGUGACGGCCUUGUCCGGGCAAGUGCCUUCCGGAUGUGAGCUGCACCUAGUAAACGAAUCGGUGUCACAAUCGGCCAGCCUGGACGAACUCAAUACGCCAUCUCUGAUGACGACGGGAAAUAAUAAUACGUCGGUGGGGAAACGAAGAGGCCAGUCGUUGGUGGACAUUUUGAAGCGGCCAUUUAGUCGCAAGUCGAUGACACCUCCAGCAUCACCCGGUAGCCAAUUAAAGUCUAAUCAAGACGUCCAAGAUGAAUCAGCUGCAACCAAAGUCGAGGAGGCAACGGGUGUUCAACCUGUUCCACAGGAAAAUGUUAUUACGCCCGAAACUGAAGAGAAUACCGCCGUUUCGCUUACUACUCUUCAGGCGGCGCCUGUUCUCGAAAAUGGCCAGAAUCCCGACAUAUUCCCUCUUCCUCUUCCACCUACCCCGAAUGUUUCACCAUCAGCAAAUGCCAAAAUCGCCGCAGGAUUAUCAGAAAAGGAGUGGUUUCACGGAGUGCUCCCUAGGGAGGAAGUUGUCCGGUUGCUAGUAAACGAUGGGGACUUCCUGGUUCGCGAAACGACACGUCACGAAGAACGCCAAGUCGUGUUAUCGGUAGCUUGGGCCGGGCACAAACAUUUCAUCGUCCAGACAACUGCUGAAGGCCUGUAUCGGUUCGAAGGUCCAGCUUUCCCUACGGUGGAGGAAUUGAUUGCCCACCAGCAAGAGUGUGGACUGCCAGUUACUACAAAGUCUGGUGCUAUUUUGAAGCGGUCAGUGCCUAGAGAGACUUGGGAAUUAAAUAAUGACGACGUAGAACUGGUUGAGAAAAUAGGAAGUGGUAAUUUUGGCGAUGUCUAUCGGGCUCGAUUGCGACAUACUGGGGUUUUGGCAGCCGUUAAAACGUGCCGCCAUACACUUCCUGACGAACAAAAAAAGAAAUUUUUGCAAGAAGGUCGUAUAUUGAAACAAUACGAACACCCGAAUGUUGUGCGGUUUAUCGGUAUCUGUGUACAAAAACAACCCAUCAUGAUUGUCAUGGAAUUGGUGCCAGGGGGGUCCUUGCUGAAUUAUUUGCGUCAAAAAAAUGUUCAGUUAACCAUCAAACAAUUGAUGGCUAUGUGCGUGGAUGUUGCCGCCGGCAUGGCCUACUUAGAAUCACGUAAUUGUAUCCACCGUGAUUUAGCUGUUCGCAAUUGCCUUGUCGGUGAAAAUAAUGUGGUCAAAAUCUCGGAUUUUGGAAUGUCCCGCGAGGAGCAAGAGUAUAUCGUUUCGGACGGAAUGAAACAGAUUCCGAUCAAGUGGACGGCUCCCGAAGCACUGAAUUACGGGAAAUAUACAUCCCUGUGCGACGUUUGGAGUUUCGGGGUUCUCUGCUGGGAAGUCUUUUCUCGAGGCGGAACGCCAUACAGCGGUCUAUCCAACACAAGAUCUAGACAAAUGAUUAGUGCAGGUUAUCGAAUGCCCGCACCUGAAGGGACUCCCGAUGAAAUGUAUCGACUGAUGCGUCGUUGCUGGGAAUAUGAACCUGAACGACGGCCACAUUUUGAAGAAAUUUGUGGCAUACUGGACGAGAUGAUGAAAGGAAUCUCAUAAGAAAUUAUCUAGCACAAACAAAGUUGAAAACAGAGCCAUAUAAUGAUCAAAUCAUUUAUUAAUCCGAUCACGAUGUUACUUCGUUUCUGUAUGAUGAAACUGGCAGCUUGUUUCGCCAUUGAUGUUACGGUGCUAUAUGUUUUUACUUGAGUUGCAUGCAAAUUUAUCAUAGUUCUUGUUUUUGUUUUCAAAGUAUUUUAAAAAGCUACCGAAAAAAGUCUAUUUAAGUCUAAUUAGCCUAAAAAAAGAUCUUCCUGAUUUAUACUGCCCGGUCUAACCAUUUGUAUUCUUUGAUUUUUUUUUUUUUUUUUUUUUAAAUUCCCUUUUUGUUCUGAAAUGCAAAAAUAAACCGUCCCUGGUGCCUUAGAAAU